UAAUGCACCGCGUUGUUCACGCUUGACAUCUCACCGUGCAGUCCAGUGUCUCGUGACUCACCCGCCCCCCGGCCUGUACCACCGCGGUGGAUGUUGAGGGGGGGGGGAGAGGCGGGGCCCUCCCGGCCAAUGGGCCGCGGCGCUCACCAGCUCCACUGCGAGAUGGGCUCGCCCAAGUUCCCUCCCCCCCCACCCCCUCCACUUGGUGGCGGGGUCCGACCACCCGCCCUGCCCCCACCCCAAUGGAGGCUUCUUUCUCCACCAUCACCACAGCUGCUGCUGCCGGCGGCGGCGGCUUCGUGGCGUUGCUGGCGUCUCUGUGACCCCCCCUCGUCCUGCCCCUUGACCGCGAGCCCGGCGGCCCCCUGCAGAAGAAGUAAACAAGACGCAACAACAACAGGGAGGAGGGUGGUGGUGGAAUGUAAACAAGAACAACAACCCCUACCCGCCACCACGCGGCGUGUUGUCGCGUGACGAAAGUAGCAGCAGCGUCAUCAUCAUCACCACGUGUAGCAGCAGCGUCGUCAUCAUCCACGCAAUGUCUGCCGGCAGGGAUGACUCCUCCUCCUCCUCGACCUUCUACAACGGCGAGGAGUUGCACAGCGACUGGCACCAGUCCACGCUGCCCAGCGAGGACAUUUGGAAGAAGUUUGAGCUCCUGCCCCCCGCGCUGGACGGAGCGAACUCAACGCCAACGCCGCCGCCCUCGGGCGAUCCGAGCCGCGAAGGCGGCGAAGUGGCGAGCCGCGGCCACGUCUGGGACCCCGCCGGCGGCAGCGGCGUGGGAGCCGUGGGAGUAAUGCUGCUGCGGGACUGCAUGUGGAGCAGCGCCGCCUCCUCGGCCAGAGCCACGCCGGGGCGGCUGGCGCCCGCCGACAAGUCGGCGCCGCCGCCGCCCGCGGUCUCCCGCGCCGUGCCGAGCCCCGCGGCCGCCGCGGUGCCCGCCGAGAUGCUGCCCUUUGAGCCGGGAGGGCGGCACCUGCCGGCCGAGGGGCGGGAGGAUGGGGAGACUGUCGUGGGCGGGGCGAUGUCUCCCGGCAACGAGACGCGCAGUGAUUCGGACAAUGACGACGACGCGGAAGAUGGAGAGAUUGACGCGGUGACCGUGGAGAAGUGGAGCCACGCCAAAGCGAGCGUGGCGCUACGCGCCGUGCACAACACAAACACGGCCCCCCUGUACAACGACAACAACCGGCGGCAGCGGCGGCAGCAGCGGCGGCGACUCGCCCCGCCGGCGUCCACGCCGCCCGUGCACCAGCAGCAGCACAACUACGCCGCCCCCUCGCCGCCUGCGCGCGGGGCGAAGACGCCGCCCCCGCCGGCGCCGCGGGGAUCCGCGCGGAGCCGGGGCGCCGCCGGCGGGGCCGGCUCGUCCCGCGCCGUCUCGACGGGGAGCGGCGGUGGCCCUCGGAGCUCCGGCGGCUCGGAGGGGCUUGGCGAGCGGCACAACGACCAGGAGCGUCGGCGGCGCGACUCCAUCAAGAAGGGUUUCCAGUGGCUGCGCAGCGGCAUACCGGAGCUGGCGCACGACGAGAAGGCGGCCAAGGCGCAGAUCCUGAAGCGCGCGAUAGAAUAUUCGCGCACCCUGAAGCGCGAGGAGGAGAGACUCAAGGCGGAGAAGCGGCGCGAGCAGAUUCGACGUCGGGAGCUGCUGGCGAGGCUGGAAACCCUGAAGAACUCGUUGGCCGAGCGGUCUCCAUUUGCAUCUCGUUUAAAGACUUUAAACCGAAAGUUACUUUUGUUUUGAUAUUGGACGAAAGCCUCUGGCGACCGGCACAGUUGAGCCUCUUUGCCAUUGAGUGGUAUUAUGCACCGUGACCUCGUUUGCAACGUAAUGCCUCUGAAUAUUUGACUGCCAAGGUUUGAGUUGAUGGGAAUGGUAAGUUGUACCUCAAUAGACAUUUCUGCACAAAUGAUGCUUCAAUGUGGCAAAUACUGCCAUUAAUGCUGUUCCAUGGCGAUUUUCACUUUUGAUUUUUUUAAUUUUUUCAUAUAAAACAUGGAAAAUGUAGGCACCAAAAGUUGUUACGUAAUUACCCAGGGUUUUUGUAAGAUUUAGCGCGAGUAACUUUUUGAACAAAGUUGUUCCUGUCAAUAGUGCAAAAGUUACAUUUAGUAACCUUUUUUGAAUGUCCCUUAAACAAGGGGUGUUGUUGCUUACUUUGCAUCGCUGAUAAACUCGGUCUUUUUGCCGUU